AAAUUGCGUUCUUUGCUAAAUUGCUUCUCUGGCCGAGUCCUGUGUGUUCCUCGAUCAUUGUACAUCUUGUAAAGGAAGAGAUUAUAUAUUUUUUCUUAAAUAACGCACAACUAAGAAACACAUCAACUGCACAUCUUAGGAUGGAGAGUCGAGGCCAAAACACCUCCAGAAGUGUCUGACCCGAAUCUAAUACAGUGCAAUAUAAAUGAAGUACACGACGAUCUUUCACCUUCCUCCUGGCACUGCUCUACUUUGGAUCCCGAUCCCUUGGCACACCUCCUGACCGUCUAGUGAAUCAAGAUCGUUCCUUGUGCCAAGCAGGUCAAGCCUGCCCUCAGGUCUACAUGUGAGAUUCCAAUGCCCGUCAAUGUCCUCUCUGGGAAGGAAUAUUUCCUGCCAAGUUCUAUAGAGACGAUCUGGACUUAGGAUAUGAAGUUGAACAGUAUACUACGUAGAUGGCGCCUCUUCCUUCUCGCGGCGCUGGCUCUCCACGGCUUCUACAGCAGUCUGCAGAGGAGGAUGACCAUCGACUUUUGGAGGAGAGCGCGUUCUGUGAAGGCCUCGAGUUCUGACUGCGAGAAAGUGAGAAACAUCACUUUAACAGAGUCAUUAAAAUCACUUGAACCUGAUGACUUCAGAAGGCUUGUUAAUGAUCUGGGGCAUUGUCCAUGGCAUUACAACAAAUCUGAACACAAUAAACUAAGGUUGGAGUUACAAAAUUGCUGCAAUGCGCGAAGCAUGUUACUGACCACCAAGCAAAAUGCUCCCCUUGGAACUAUACUGAAUUAUGAGACGAACCCCAACAAAAAUAUUACAGUGACAGAGGAAAUCUACCGAAUGCUGCCAAAGGAGCCUCCAUUCCUCAAGAAACCCUUUGAAACCUGCGCUGUGGUCGGCAAUGGUGGCAUUUUACUGAAUAGUUUUUGUGGGGAGCAAAUUGACAGUAUGGAUUAUAUCUUCAGGCUGAAUCUACCACCUCUCACAAUGGCAGAACACAUUGGAGUGAAGUCCCAUUUCAUCACUUGCAACCCAAGCAUUCUAAGACAAAAGUACGAAAGGCUCUUUUCAAGGCGAAAGCCUUUCAUCGACGAUAUAAAAGGUUACGGUCCUGCAAUGAUCGUGUUGCCAGCUUUCGCCUACGUCAGCAGCACCGAGGUUUCCUUCCGGGUCUUUUACUCUGUGGAAGAAUUCCAGUUGAAGAACAAAGUUGUCUAUUACCAUCCGGAUUAUCUCAGCAACAUUUCCAGCUACUGGAAAGAGAUGGGUGUUGAGGCCAGGCGGCUAUCUUCAGGAGUCAUGAUAGUCACCGCCGCUCUUGAACUUUGCAAAAAAGUGACCCUCUAUGGAUUUUGGCCAUUUUCUAGAGACCCAGAAGGGAAUGUUAUCCUUCACCACUAUUAUGAUAACAACAUCCCCAAACCCGGCUUCCACGCCAUGCCUCAUGAGUUCUUUAUCUACACAAAGAUGCAUUCAAAGGGAGCACUCUAUCUGCAAGUUGGGAAGUGUUGAAUGUUUGACUUUUGAAGCUCAAAGGUUCAUAGAAAUAUUUCGAACUGCAGCUGUUGUCAUGAGCCAUGGAAGAACUGUUUACAUUAUUUAGCCAACUGUUUCAUUGUUUUUCACUAUUUUAACCCAAAAAAUUUACAGUUGGAACCAUU